AUGAGCCAACAACGCAAGCAGCAAAGGGAAGAGGACAUUCAACUUUUGUUAGCCGUAAAAGCACAUCUCGGCACAAAUAAUGUCAGCGAAUUUAUGAAACCUUAUGUUUUCACAAAACGUGCAGAUGGACUUAACCUCAUCCAUUUAGGAAAAACAUGGGAAAAACUAAUGCUUGCCGCAAGAGCUAUUGUCGCCGUCGAAAACCCUCAAGACGUCAUCGUAAUCAGUGCUAGGCCAUAUGGUCAGCGAGCAGUCUACAAGUUUUCUCAAUACACAGAAACCUCAUAUCUCGCCGGCCGCUGGACUCCUGGAACUUUUACAAACCAAAGAAUUCCAAAAUUCAUGGAGCCUCGCCUUAUUAUCGUAACAGACCCUCUCACCGAUUACCAAGCCCUUCAAGAAGCUUCCUACGUAAACGUCCCGACCAUUGCUUUUUGUGACACAGACUCCCCUAUGAAAUUCGUCGACAUUGCAAUUCCUUGCAAUAAUAAAGCCAAAAAUUCCAUCGCCAUGAUGUAUUGGCUACUUGCCAGAGAAGUUUUGUACCUCAGAGGAGCUUUAAGUAGGUCUCAACAAUGGGACGUCAUGGUCGAUUUAUUCAUAUGGAGAGAUAUCGAGGCUGAAGAAAAGGCUGCCAAAGAGCAAGGACAGGUUACAAGAGAAGCUAGAGUUCAUAAACAAAAAGAAGAAUGGGACCAAGGAGCUGGAGAAGCAGCAGAAGAGCAAGAAGCAGGAGCAUGGGAUGAAGGAAACUGGGGAAACCAAGGUGAAGGAGAAGAAGCAAACCCACCUACAUCUUGGGAUUAA